UUACAGCUAGUCUCAAAACCAUGUGGCAAACGUACCAUAAGGUGCCACACCGAUCAAUGGUUGAGGGAAAUAAAAACAGCAAAUGCUGCAAAUACUCAGCAGGUCAGCCAGGGCGUGUGGAGAGGGAAACGGAGCUCACAUUGCACAUGGUCUUUCACUAGAAUUGCGUAACCUACCGAAUAUCUCCAACACUCGCUAUUUUUGUUUCGGAUUUCCUGCAUCUGCGUUUGCUCCUGCAAAGGUUGUCUGAAGCUCGGCAGAUCACCAACGCUCCAGUGUAACACUACAAGUGUGCUCUACUUUCGGACGGUCCCUGGACAGCGAUGUGUUUAAUUUGUUGGAGUGUUUUAAACCUGGAUACUGUGUUUACCCCUAACCGGGUGAAUCAGGAGCAGUCCCUCUCCUGCAAAUCCAUCCCUGUACUUGGGAUCCGCCCGCCUCUGCCUGAUCUGUACCGAGCCGCCCGUGAGGAAAGCCUUUCAAGGGGAGACAAUGAGCGCUGCGGCCGGCGGUGAGGGCUGUCGGUCGGCCGCCGCAGCAGCGCCGCCGCUAGCCGAGGGCAAUCUCCGGGCGGGAGAGAACGAGUCCCUUUUCAUCAGGAACAGUUCGUUCAGGAGGAACUCCCAGACCUCGACCGCCAGCCUCGGCCGAGAGGUCGGCGCCGCUUCCAACAUCAAAGCGCGUCCGGCGUUCAUCAUCACUUCGGGGGAGCUGGUGCACAACCCGUCCGACUGCACCAGCAGCUCGGCGCCGCCCGCCGCCAACCGCACGCUGCUCUACAAGGGCCUCUGCCUCCUGCUCCUGCUCUGCCAGGGGGGGCUCUUCGACUUCUACCUGAUUAUUUUCACCGACCUGUACUGGUGCUCCUGGAUCGCCACCGACCUGGUGGUGCUGGUGGGCUGGCUCAUCUUCUUCAUCAAACACGGCAGGCGGGGGGCGGUGCGGGAGAGGGCGGCCCCGGGACAGUUCGCCUUCGCCUACCUGGCCUGGCUCAUUUAUGUCAUCGCCUGCACGCCCAAAAUGGUGCUGAUCCUGGAGACCUCCAUCCUCGACCUCAUUGAGCUCAAAGUUCCCCUGGGCACCACUGGCUUCAAGAUCGUGGUCAUGUCGUCCGUGCCCUUGCUCUACACGCUGCUGAACUCGGUGACCGAAGACCUGAGCUGCCACAGCAGCCACCGGGCCCAGAACUAUUACAGCCGCACCUGCCUCGACCUCCUGGACAGCUUCACCCUCAUGGAGCUGGUGCUGGCGGGUCAGAUCCCCAACGUGUACCUCAAGUACACGGUCACUGCCGUCUACUUCGUCUCCUUUUCCAUCCCGGUUCUCUGGCUCUAUGAACUCAAUUCAUUGCAGCUGGAUUACAAAUGCGUCGUGUUCCGCUUCCUGUCCAGCUAUGCGGUGAAUGCCCCUCUCUUGGUGGUCAGGUGCUUUCUGGUCUUCAUCUAUGACCAACAGGUUUCGGUGUUUCUGUUCAAGAAUGUCUUUUGGUUGUGUUGUGAUUGUGCCGAGGUGCUGGAGAGAUGUUGCAUUGUGAGACGUGUCCACAAGUACUCGAGCCCACCCAUGCAGUUCACACAUUGCAUCUCGGAGAAUGAGAUGUGUGCCCAUGGAUACGUGAACACACUGGCCGUGGCUGCCCAAUCCUAACAGCAGCAGCAGCUCACCAAACGCAACCUGGGGGAUUUAUUGUUACAUUUUAAAUUAUUUUGUAAAUUCUUUUGUACCUGUAUUAAGGGAUGCUUUUGAGUGUUUGUGCAUCAGUUCCUAUUGGGUCUUGUGUUCGCUUCUGCACAGGUUAUAUGUGAGAAACGCAUUAUCCGGAUCAGCUGUGUGCCCUGUCAGACUGAUUCCUUUUUACUUUCGCUUGAAUUCUAAUUGGUUCUUUGUAUCACGAACCUCGGGGCUUUCAAGCCUGGAGUGUACAGAAGACGUCAAAUAACCAUAACGUGGAAGGCAACUUCCGAAGUGCUCUACUUCCAGACUUCAGUUUUAAACAGCUCCCAGCGAUUCAACGUCGUGAACCUGAUGCCAAGAUUCAAGGUUUACCUCGGCGUAGAUUUAAUUUGUAUUCCAGUUAAUCGGCAAAUCAAUUCUGACAGGUUACUGCUUCUACUGCAUUUAUUUUAGGCAUUU